AUGGCUGCUUUGAAUUUCUUUAGCGGAAAAAGCAGUCUCAGUUUAUCGCAAGGAAUAAGGAAUUACCUCUACUGCUGCUUCCCAAAAGACGACAAGCACGAGACCUCGCAAUCCAAAGAGUCGGUCCUCAACAAAGAAGAGAGCGGUGAAAAUUUGGGCUACGAGUCUGAACUUUCCCGUCAAACUCCAGAAGGCGGGAAUGAUUCGCUAUCGAAGAAAUCAGAUUCCUUGAAACUGAUGGAAACGACGCGAUGUUUAGAUAACGACGGCAAAAGAGCUUCCGGCGAAGAAGCUUCGAAAGUCAACAUGAAAAAAAGUCUCGACACGCUCUUAGCGGCUGCAAAUACAACCACAGCCAACAACGACGACGACGACGAUGGGGGAGGUUGUGGUGGUGUUGAAGAUGUCGCUGGCGUGCGAGUUUCUCUUAGAAGUUCUGCUCAUAAUGACGCUGAUAAUGGUGGUGAGGCUAGUGGUAGAGGCAGUCGUAGUAGUGGUGUGGCCGGCGAUCGCACUGCUGAUGACGACAGCGUGAAUUCAAAUUCGAAACAAAACAUCAACAUCUUACAUCACAAGACAUCAACACCUUACAUUACAAGGCAUCAACAUCUUGCACUACAAGACAUCAACAUCUCACAUUACAAGACACCAACACCUUACUUACAUUAUACAAAAAAAGACAACACCUUACAUUUCAAAAAAUAA